AUGGGCUACGCAUCCAAAGUUCCCUACCCCCAAGACCUCUGGGAGCGUGUCAAAGCAGCACGCCACCUGAAGUCGCAGCGAGAUGUUUCCCCCGAAAACCCAGUGCUAUAUGUCUUCCUCGUGAUAUAUGAUUGCUGGAAUGGCGACGAAUUUGGAGGAGGAGAGGCCGUUUCGGGUGUUUAUGGCUCCCUGGAAAAAGCCAACAAAGCUGCACUGGACCUUUUUGCAGAGAAACACCCGGAAUGCUUCGAGAUUGAUGAAGAGAUGUCGAAUUGGUAUCACAAACACACCGAGAACAUAAUUGAAAAUGAAGGCGAAGAAGACACAGUUGCAUGGGACGUGAAUAAGAAUGGAGAGGUUUUAGUGGAAGCAAAGGGCAGCGAAGAAUUCGGGGAACAUUAUGGUGUACGUGUAGAGGCCAAGAAGCUUCAGUGA